UUUCCUAGGUUGCUUCACCUUAUUGCAACAACAAAGUCUUUGUUCACCAUUGGGACAUUGGAUUGUGAUUUGCCCUCAGAGUUCCUGUCUAUCAGUAUCUCUUGAGUUUACAUCCUAACAUAACUGUGUUGAUUUCACAUGACAAAGACAUGAACUAAUAAGAGGGAUUGCAAAAAGAGUUGCAGAGUGCAUGACAGCAAGCCCAUUCCACACACAAUCUGUUCAUACGAGUGCCAAAAUCGGCAGAAAGUAUAGGGCUCUUCUUGAGGUUUAAGCAUGUGGCUCAUUGUAGCAACCAUCGGCAAUGCUAGUUGCCUAGUUUCAGUUGAAGUACUUCACUUCUUCUUGGUAGGGUUUGGCUUCUACAGACAACCAACAAUUUGCUGCCUGAUCAUGUAACGGUUUAGACUCCUUAGCCCAUCAGCUCAUUCUUGCACAGCACUGGAACCUCUCUAACCAAUAGUCUGGGGACCAAACUCAAAGCCAUGAGACCCUAUGCAGAUAAUCAAAUAUAAUGGAGAAAAAGACUAUUUGAAGGAAAGAUAAACUCACGGGAUUUCCAAUGCAUCCCACUGGGAUGCAGAGUCUUGAUUAUCGUGCUAGUUGUUUGGGUUUCAGACUUUCAGUGCUUGCUGGAUGGAGAUAGGUUUGCCACCUCCUGCCAUAAACCAUCAAGCAGCAUCUGCAGAUUUUUGUCACUAAAGGAAAUAUUAAGCCUUCAAGACGGUAUGGUUUUAUUUUUCUUAUACUCAAUUUUAUUACCCCAAAACAAACCCUUUCUAAAAUUCUGUUUGGUUAGCAAGUGUGGGUAAUACCAAAACUUGCUUUAUACUUACAGAAAGAAUGUUCUAAGCAUGUAAACACCGAGUACAAUGUACUUAGAUGUAAGAAAGAUGAGUCACUUCCUAGUAUUUGGAAAAUGUUUGUUGUCUAGAAUGCUAGAAUUAGAUUCACUAAUAUCUGGAAAUUUUUGGUUUGUCUGGAACUCUCUCUCUUUCUCCCUCAUGAGAUUGUUCAAAUUAAAUACCCAUCAUGUGUUCCACGGUUAGUUCUAGUUAGUAGCUUGCUGUUGUUGCAAGUUCUUCAAAUUCAAACCUUUCAUUUUCCAUAGGGAUACAGAAUCUUAUGCAGGAGAGAAAAAAUGAAAUUUAAAUUUACAUGCCUAUCAGUUUGUUUUGCCUGAUAAAUCCUAAUAACUUGUCACUGGUUUUGUGUAUGUAAUAAUAUGAUUGAUGAAUUAUAAUAGAUUGCCACUAGCUGUUCACAUCUACGUGGUAAAAUGUCUUCAAAAACUAGAAAAAAUAGAAGAAAGAUGUGUUGCUAAU